AAAUCCUAUUUCAUAAAUCUCUUUCAAUUUACUUUCCUUUCCUUUGGUUUAUUUGUUUAUUUAACUUACAGUCAUAAUAAUUUAACGAUCCUCAACUACCCUUAAUUCAUCUAUUCAUCUAAACUUACCAAUUACCUUUCGUACCAUCAAUUCACUCAUCUUAAACUUAUUUUUUCUCAUUCAGCUAUUAGCAGUCGGACAAUUUUUAUACCAGAAUACUAUGAAAUUAUAGUAAACUAAGACAAGUUACCUUGAAACCACAACUACAAUUUGAAAAAUUAAUCAUCUAAAGAAAUUGAACAAUAAAUACAAUUAUCAAUUCAAUCUAUUCCAACAAUAUUACUAUUGAAAAUCCGAAAUCUAAAUAUUCACAUACAAAACAGUAAAAAAUGGAACCGAUCCAACCUUCUAUCAUUCCAAAUACCAACAUAAAUACCACUUCUUCAUCCUGUUCUCCUAUAGUCGUGAAAACUUCAAAGCAAUGGGUAUUACCUCCAAGACCCAAACCUGGUAGGAAGCCAGUGUCAAAUUCUCACACUUCAAAUAGUGCUGCGACAUCGACUAACACCACUAAUAAUUCCGCACCAAAUUCCACAUCAUCCAACUCACAUAUACUAGACAAGAAAAAGAAAGCCAACGUAAAAAAGAUCUUACCAGUAAUACAACCAACUGGAGAGGGCUCAUCUAUUUCAUCAUCAAGUAUACUAUCUCAAUCAAAAUUAUCAACAACUGUUACAUCCCCAUGUUCAGUUCCAACUACUCCAUCACAUAUUCUUGCUAACUUGAAUCAGAAUAUAAAAUUGAUAGAUUCGGAAAAUAUUUCUUUGAAGUCCCAUUUAUUGAGUUUAAUUCAUGAUUACAAACAAUUGAGAACUUUGGUAUUAGAUAAUACUUCAAGUUAUUAUAAUAAUUCCAAUGUAAUGAAGAAUUCAAUGCCUCAUAAUAUCAGUAAUUCGGCUGUUACGUCUACCAUUGACAGUGAUAAAAACGUUCACAAGCGUUCUUAUAAUGAACAACAAUUGAUAGACAAUGAAUUUGACAAUUAUAUCACUAUUCCAAGCAAAAAGAUGAAUGUGAUGGACAAUAAUCAUGAUGAUGACGACGAAGAAUUACUUGAAGAGGUUGAUGAAUUAGAUAGUGAUAUCGAAGAUGUUGAAGAUGACCCAAUGACUUCAAGUAGUAGUCCUGCUAAUUCUGCUUCUUCAUCUACUCGUUUAUCAAGAACUACUUCACCUUAUUCGGACGAUUUUUCAGAAAGUAAUUCCCUUAUGUCAACUUUGACUAGAUCUACAACUGUUUCAUCUUCUACAUCUUACUUGAAUGAUGUUAAAGGAUUGAGAUCUAAUUCUAAAUUGGUUGACUUCCCACUGUUCAAUCCAAAUGCUCCCUCAACGUACCACUUCAAGUUCGAUGAAUUAAUGAACUCAUCGUCUACUAGUUCUGCACCUUCAAUGUCAGAUUUGAUCAACCAGGAUCAAUAUAAUAUGAUUACUGACUUCUUAGAGGAGAAAUUGAUCAAUAACGAUGUCAGAUACUAUGUUGAGAACAAUUCCAACUUGGAAAAUUGGUAACUACUAUCUAAAUUAUUACAAACUAUUCCAGACUAUUUCAAUCUAUUCUAAAACUUUACUUUUCAGUUCAAUAUCUUUUAACGGCUUAUUAUGUCUUUUGUUACCUUUCCUUCUCCCUGCUUCAGUUUUUCAUCAAUAAAAUUGCUUAUCUUCAUGUCAAAUUAUUAUUACUACUGUCAUUAUUGUUAUUAUUUACGACUUUUAUUUGUCCCUUAGUUGAUUUCAUUUAUUUAUUAUUUUUAUGGUUUAAAGAGUUUUUUAUACGAAAGUACGAUUGUGUUCAAUUGAGUGAUUAUAUGAUUUUUUUACGUCUUAUUACGACUACAAGUUCCUAUUUAUUUAUUUAUUAUUUAUUCUAUUAUGCUGCUUCUUUAUUAUUGGAUUUCUUCCC